AUGGAGCUGCCAUUGAGUCAACCUUACUUCUCAGGGGCAUUACUAUUGCUGGUGGUGUCAAACUUGUUGCUGUGGGAAAAAGCUGCAUCAAUUCCUGCAUGUCAGGCAAAUGAGGGUGGCUGCUGGGACCCGCUUGUGGAAACAUUUAACAGUGCCAUCCAGAGAGCUGAAACCCUUCAAAAACUGUCUAACCAAUUCUAUGUAGAGCUUUACCACAACCAAUUCUCAGCUGGACAAUUUGCAGAUUUUAAUUCACAACUGAUUUGGCGGGAUAAGGCUGUUGUCAGAGCUGCAACUUACUGCCAUUCUACUCUCACUAAUCCCCCAAAUUGGGGAACUGAGCAUGCAGAUAUUGAAGUCGAAGAUUAUUUAAAAACUUCUAUCAAUUAUGUGGGUUCCUGGAUUAGCCCUCUCUUCCAUCUAGUGAUUGAACUGAGUGCCAUGAAAGAUGUCCCUGAAACUAUCCUCACAAAAGCCAAGGAGAUAGAAGAGAACAACAGAAAAAUCCUGGAUGACCUUAGGUGGAUACUCACCCAGGUCUACCCUACAGCAGAGAUGAAGGAAGAAUUUCCCAGCUGGGAACAUCUUUCAUUCUUAAAAUCAAGUGGCAAAUAUGAUAAAUUUUUGGCAAUGUUUAACCUUUUCAACUGCCUAGAACAUGAUACAAAGUUCACUCUAUUUCAUCUCAGAAUAUUGAAGUGUCGCAUAACUGGGAAAGAUUGCUAA